AUGUGCAGUGGCAGGCUGCAGACAGCUCUGCUGGUGGCUGGCUACUUUGUCUACCUGCUGGUGGGUGCUGCCGUGUUCCAGGCCCUGGAGAGGACUGCUGAGAAGCAGGAGAAAAUGGCAGCUGCCCAGAUGAAGGAGGCUUUUCUGCAGAACUUCACGCAGCUCACGGUGGCAGAGAUGGAGCAGUUCAUGAAGAACCUGAUUGAAGCCAUUCAAAAUGGAGUGUACCCUGUUGGAAAUGAGUCACAGUUUGAAGAGAGCAACUGGGAUUUCAGCAACUCCUUCUUCUUUGCAGGCACAGUUGUCUCCACAAUAGGCUAUGGCACAUUACAUCCUAAAACUGCUGGGGGACAGAUCUUUUGUGUGUUUUUUGCUCUUUUUGGAAUCCCUCUGAACAUUGUUUUUCUGCACCGUGUUGGUAAGAUGCUCUCACUGCUCUGUAAAAAGCUGGGGAAGUUCCUGUAUGAGAAAGGAAUGAGAAAGAAGAAGAUCAAAUUUCUGACCCUUUUGUUCUUCCUGGCAACGGGGAUCCUGGUUUUUCUGUGCUUGCCAUCAGUGUUCUUCCAGAUAACAGAGGGCUGGUCCUACAGUGAAGGAAUUUACUUUGCAUUUAUCACCCUCAGCACCAUUGGCUUUGGAGAUUAUGUUGUAGGCAAACAGUCUGACAGGAAAUACUUUUCCUACUAUCGAGUGCUUGUGGCCAUUUGGAUUCUUUUUGGCCUUGCCUGGAUUGCUCUGCUGUUUAAUUUAUUGACAACAGUACUAGAAGAUACUGAAAAAAUAAUUGUCAAGGAUCUCCAGCAAAUUGGAAAGGUGAGUAAGGACAAUGUAGGAAGCCAGCAAAGAAGAUGCUGGCCUGUUCAAUUUAUUCCAGAAGAAGAACCACUACCACCACAUGCUGGAGGGGAUGCAGUGAAAAUGGAGUCAUUAACAGCAGAUUCUGAACACACAAAAAAUGAAAAAAAGUGUUUUCUAAUAGCAAAACUAUUGCCGUAACGUGUUGAGAAUUGAAUUCUUCAUUGGAGAAUUGCUAGUUAAUUAUUCUAAAGAAAUUACCAUAGAAAUAAAAUUUCUCCUGCCUUUUGCUGAGAUAUGACAUUUUAGAACUCAAGACUUACAGUUACACAAA